UGUCAGUCGUCUACCUGCCUCUCUGCACUUUCCUGUCCGACGCUCCGCUGUUUGUUGACAGUUUGGACCUGAGCUGUCAGAUCCAGGGCCAGAACCGUUCCCAGUCCAAGCAGCCAUGAGCAUCCAACCCCGCAGGAUUCGACUGAAGCCCUGGUUGCUGGCUCAGGUGAACACAGGCAGGUAUCCUGGUCUCCAGUGGCUCAGCUCAGACCACCGUCUUUUUCAGAUCCCCUGGAAACACGCCACCCGCCACACUCCCGUGUCAGAUGAGGAAAACACCAUCUUUAAGGCGUGGGCAGUGGAAACAGGAAAAUAUCAGGAGGGUGUGGAUGAGCCUGAUCCCGCCAAGUGGAAGGCCAACCUGCGCUGCGCUCUGAACAAAAGUCGAGAGUUUCAGCUGAAAUAUGACGGAACCAAAGAGACACCAGUGAAACCAUACAAAAUCUAUGAAGUGUGUGAGCUGCUUGGGAACACAGAUGGACCUGAGGAUGAGGAGGAGGAGAUGCCAAAUAUGAUGGACCUCACUAUUAAUCCCCGGAUCAGUGAGCCAUCAACCUUUACCUCUUUUGGUUUAUCCUGCAACGGAACAUUUGCACCUCCACAUGUGAUCCCGAUGCCUCUCCUCCCAAUGACCCCUGAUCUGCAGACUCGGGGUCAAAUGGUGGAUCAGGAGGUCUUUGGUCCACCUGGAAGACUCCAGGACCUGAACUCACUACCCUCCACAGCUGGCUCUGCUCAGCCAGUGCCCGAAUCAAUGGAGACCAGCAACAUGGGGAUCAUCCAGAACCAGGCGGACCCUCAGAACCACCAGCCCUGCAAGUAUGAUCUGCUGAACAGCGUACCAUUAACAGACCUGGACCUGAAGUUCCUAUACAGAGGGCGCAUGGUGGGCUCUCUUACAGUCAGUAAUCCCCAGGGCUGUCGUCUUUACUAUGGACACCUAGAACCAACUCCAGAGCAGGUGGAACUGUUUGGACCCGUGACUCUGCAGCAGGUCCUGUUUCCGGGCACAUCUGAGAUCCAGAACCAGAAGCAGCGYUUCUACACGGAGGCCCUGCUGGAUGUGAUGGAUCGAGGUCUUAUCCUAGAGAUACAAGAACAGGACAUCUAUGCCAUCCGCCUCUGUCAGUGCAAGGUGUUCUGGUCUGGACAAGGCAUGCCAGAACAGGGACCACCAAARCCAAUGGAGAGAGAGAGGAAAAUCAAAGUGUUUAGCCUCAAUGAGUUCCUGCAAGGCCUCAUCUUGUUCCAGAAGGGCGAAGCUCCAAACCCACCACCCUUUGAGGUAUUCUUCUGUUUUGGAGAAGACUGGCCCGACAAGAAACCAAAAGAGAAGAAAUUGAUCAUCGUCCAGGUGGUUCCAGUGGUGGCUCGGAUUUUGACAGAGAUGUUUUCUGGAGAACUGAACUGGUCCACAGAGAGCAUACGGCUGCAGAUCUCACAUCCUGAUGUGAAGGACCAGACAGUGGAACAGUUCAAAGAGUUACAAAGGCUCCUGCAGAGCCAACACGGGGCACAGGGUCCCUGGGGUCCCAGUAUUUCCCCUGGGGCCCUAAAUGCUCCCAUGGACAGUGGCUUCUCACUGGGGAAUAGCUGAGAGAGGUUCUGUCCUUUUAAUCGAUUCUGAACCGAUCCUACAGAAUUUAUAUCAAAGCUGUUCUGACUGAUUCCACAGAGUCUGAAUAUUAUUGGAUCAGAGCCAAAAAAGCGGAACAUCAAAGAGAUGCUGCCGAAAAUCCUCCUUUUACAGUUCAACUUUGAUUCCUCUCCCCAGUAUAAGAUCAGCCCAGGACUCAUUUAGUUCUAACCCCAGUACAAGAUCAGCCCAGGACUCAUUUAGUUCUAACCCCA